AUGGCAGCCAUGCAGCGCUACUUGAUGAAUACGUCUUAUUUGAGUUCUCAACUCAAGGAGCUGCACUCGCUGCAUAACCGCACCGUGAGCGACUACGGUGAACUUGUGGAAAACCUCACGAAGGAGUGCUCUAUCCUGUGCGACGUUAUACCAAAUUACAAAAUAUCUGCAACGAUCGAAGAGGAGGAUGGUGGUCAGACCGGUCGCAAGCAGAAGGAGGUGUAUCAAGUGCAGAAGCUGGAGCACGAGGUACUCGUGCAGUAUGAGCACUUCCUUCAGCUUUUGCGAAGGCUGCAGAGGAAGCCGCACCCGGAGCAGCAGGCGCUCGGAAGUCGCUUGUGUGCACGACUGGUCCCCCGUGCGUCUGAGUUCAAUCAUGCGGACAAGCUCUUGUCGCUGGCAGUUACGUUUGCAAAUGCGAAAUCAACGCGUGUGGCACGACCGGCACUGACGGCGCUCGCCGAGUUACUCGACGGACAGAUGGUUUCUGAUGCAACAGAGUGCAUUGUCUCAGCGCUUUUAGAUAUUGUUCGUAAGCAACAUUAUGCCAUGAAUCCAAAGCUCCUUAAUUUGCUUUUGCAUAUACGGGUGGCGAUGGUGGACAUGCACCGCCGGGACUUGACAGAGGAAGUGGCGAAGAACAAGCGACUGAAAAAAGAAGACAAGGAAUUGGCCCGCCAGCUACAGAAGAGCAAGGCGAGGCGCGACCGCGCUGAGAUUGUCGUUAAACAGAGCCGGAUCUUGCAUCGUGUUUUUGUCAUUUACUUGCGCGUACUCGAGGCGUCCAAAUCAUGUUCCCAACAGCAUCAAACGAGGAUCCUUGCUCCGGCGCUUGAAGGCUUGGUGAAGUUUGCCCCUCUCGUUAAUGUGGAACUCCACCAACAGCUCAUUACGGCGCUUAAGGAUCUUGUAAACGACGAGGCUACCUCUGUCACUACAAAGUUGCACGCCCUUGUGUCUGUGGCUUCUCUUGCGCAGAGGGACGCAACAACGACGGCAAGCGACUGGCGGGUGGACCUUAGUUAUUUCCACGAGGUGCUCUUCCGCUGUCUCCCUGAGGCUCUUACCCUUCCGAAAUGUGUUGAAUCAAAUAAGGGGACAACUGGGGAAGGCGGGGAUGGAGACGAUGACGGGGAUGAAGUUGCCUCCCAGGGAUCUACGUCAUCUGCUGGUUCCCUUUCUUCGCAGGCCUUCUCCAUAACGGAGUCCAUGGCACAGGAGAAGUUUGUGCACUCAAAUGCAUCGCGGGAGUGGACAUUUCGCGUUGGCCUCGUAUUGCGUGCUAUGGACCUUUUGGUUUUAACCCAAAAGCACCUUCCGGUGCCACGUGUUACGGCCUUUGUUCGCCGCAUAAUGCAGGCCAUUCCUUCGUGUCCGCCCCACAUUGGCCUUUCUUUAUUGGCUCUCAAUCACCGCCUUAUGUUGCGGUAUCCGGCGGUCAGUGGGAUUGUCAUUGGUGGUAGUGACAACUUUAUAGCAGGUCGUGGUGUGUACACACCUGGGGCGACGCAGAUUGCCUCAUCGAACGCUGAUUGCAGCUUCACUUGGGAGUUGAGUCUUCUAGCAAAGAGUUUCCAUCCAACGAUGCGUAACGUAGCGGAGGUGUUUUGUAAACACUUUUACAAGGUUUCAAAGUUGACGCAUGGACAGGCUCCGGUGGUGACAAAGCAGCUGGACGCUCUUGGACCGUAUGAGUUGUUGGAGUCGCAUGACCCGUCGUCGGGGGAAAUUCGGCCGCCGCCGCCGCUUCCCGAGACGAUGAAACGAAGAAAGUCUGGGAAAUUAACGGCCGGUGUAAAACGUGCUCACAAUGAUGAGGCAUCAGAUCCCGCUGGUGAGUAG